CGCGCGGAGCGCGGUCCCGCGCGGCAGCGGCGGCGGUGGUAGCGGCGGUAGCGGCGGCUGAGGUUGAAGGAGCGGAGCCGAGCCGAGCCGGCGGGCGGUUUUCGCGCGGCGGCCGGAGGCAGCAUGCGGGCGGCGAAGCCCCGGAGCUCCGAUGUUGAAGUCUGAAGUGAUUGCUGAGCUGAGAGCUCCCUUGUGACCCGGAGCUGCAUUUUCUGUAGAGGUAUUUUUAUGGCCUCUGUCACAGUAGCGUCUCAGCGUCUCGCAGGCAUUUAUGGAUUUAUUCUGAGAACGUUCCUGUGAGGAGUAAGUCUGUGUCUGUAACGCUGGAUGUGCUGACCACUUGCCUCAGACUGAAGAGAACUUGCCCUGCUUUGGAAUAUGGUGCCUAACUUCUGCGUCUCAGUACUCACUGUGCUAGCAGUCAUCCUGUGCUGCUUGAUGCUGCCUGAUCCUGCUAAAGCAGGAGCCGAAAGCAAACCAACAUUUAUGAAAGCUCCUGAAGAUCAGAUUGGGAUUUCUGGAGGAGUGGCCUCUUUUGUGUGUCAGGCAACAGGAGAGCCCAAGCCUCGAAUCACAUGGAUGAAGAAGGGGAAGAAAGUCAGUUCUCAGCGGUUUGAGGUUAUUGAGUUUGAUGAUGGGUCGGGAUCUGUUCUGCGGAUACAGCCGCUGCGUGUUCAUCGAGACGAAGCUAUCUACGAGUGCACAGCCACCAACAGUGUUGGGGAGAUAAACACAAGUGCCAAAUUAACAGUGCUAGAAGAAGACCACCUCCCAGCUGGCUUCCCAACCAUUGAUAUGGGCCCACAGCUGAAGGUGGUGGAGAAGGCCCGCACAGCCACGAUGCUCUGUGCUGCCAGUGGUAACCCAGAUCCUGAAAUCUCCUGGUUCAAGGACUUCCUGCCUGUUGACACUGCAACUAGCAAUGGGAGAAUCAAGCAGCUCCGCUCGGGUGGUACACCGAUCAGAGGAGCUCUGCAAAUAGAGAACAGCGAGGAGUCGGACCAAGGCAAAUAUGAAUGUGUUGCAACCAACAGCGCAGGAACCCGUUAUUCUGCCCCAGCCAACCUGUAUGUUCGAGUGCGGCGUGUUGCUCCUCGAUUCUCAAUCCCUCCGAGCAACCAUGAGGUGAUGCCUGGAGGGAGCGUGAACCUCACAUGCGUGGCAGUAGGUGCCCCGAUGCCCUACGUGAAGUGGAUGGCUGGUGUGGAAGAGCUGACCAAAGAGGAUGAGAUGCCCGUCGGCAGGAACGUGCUGGAGCUGAACAACAUCAUGCAGUCUGCCAACUACACCUGUGUGGCCAUCUCUUCCCUCGGCAUGAUCGAAGCAACGGCCCAGAUCACUGUCAAAGCGCUGCCAAAACCUCCAACGGAGCCAUUAGUGACUGAAACGACAGCUACCAGCGUGACCCUCACCUGGGAUUCGGGCAACUCUGACCCCAUUUCAUAUUACGUCAUCCAGUACAAGCCCAAAUCCUUAGAGGGUCAGUUCCAGGAGGUGGACGGUGUGGCAACAACCCGCUAUAGCAUAGGUGGGCUCAGCCCCUUCUCGGAGUACGAGUUCCGGGUCAUUGCAGUUAAUAACAUUGGCAGGGGUCCCCCCAGUGAGCUGGUUGAGGCUCGGACAGGAGAGCAAGCUCCUUCAAGUCCACCCCUCAAAGUCCAGGCACGGAUGCUGAGUGCCAGCACCAUGCUGGUCCAGUGGGAGCAGCCAGAGGAGCCAAAUGGACAGAUCCGAGGGUACCGCGUUUACUACACCACCGACUCGCAUCUGCCUUUGAGCAUGUGGCAGAAGCACAACACCGAUGACAGCCAUCUCACCACCGUGGGGAGCCUCAUCACAGGGACCACAUACAGCAUCCGUGUCCUGGCCUUCACUUCCGUGGGCGACGGGCCACCCUCAGACAUCAUCCAGGUCAAAACGCAGCAAGGGGUUCCUGCCCAGCCAGCUGACUUCCAGGCAGAGGCUGAGUCUGAUACCCGCAUCCUGCUGACGUGGCUGCCUGCCUCUCAGGAACGCAUUACCAAAUAUGAGCUGCUGUACUGGGAAGGAGAGGAUGGUGUUCAGCAAAAGGUGGAGUUUGACCCAACCUCCUCAUAUGCUGUGGAAGGUCUCAAACCAGACACACUAUACAAGUUCAGGCUGGGUGCCCACUCUGAGCUGGGGGUAGGAGUCUACACCCCAACUGUGGAAGCCAGAACUGCCCAAUCCACCCCUUCUGCCCCACCCCAAGAAGUCGAGUGUGUAAGCACCAGCUCCACUACCAUCCGGGUAAGUUGGGUGCCACCGCCUGCCCAGAGCCGCAAUGGGGUCAUCACCCAGUACUCCAUUGCAUACCAGGCAGUGGAAGGAGAUGACAGCACCAAGCAUGUGGUGGAUGGCAUUGGACGGGAGCACUCCAGCUGGGAGAUCAAGGACCUGGAGAAAUGGACCGAGUACAAGGUGUGGGUAAGGGCUCACACCGAUGUGGGGCCUGGACCGGAGAGCAUCCCCGUGCACGUGCGCACUGAUGAGGAUGUGCCCAGUGCCCCACCACGAAAGGUGGAGGUGGAGUCCGUGAAUUCGACAGCCAUCCGGGUGAGCUGGAAGCUGCCCAUCUCCAACAAGCAGCACGGGCAGAUCCGGGGCUACCAGGUGACCUACGUGAAGCUGGAAAACAACGAGCCCCGCGGGCAGCCCGUCAUCAAGGAUGUCAUGCUGUCGGAAGCACAGUGGAGAGCUGAGGACUCCGUCGACCAUGAGACGGUCAUUGGAGGCCUGCUGCCGGAAACCACCUACUCCGUCACGGUCGCUGCCUACACAACCAAGGGAGAUGGUGCCCGCAGCAAGCCCAAGGUCAUCACCACCACAGGGGCAGUCCCGGGGAAGCCCACCAUGAUGAUUAGCACGACAGCCAUGAACACAGCUCUCAUCCAGUGGCACCCACCCAAGGAGAUGGUAGGGGAGCUGCUGGGUUACCGGCUGCAGUACAGACGUCUUGAUGAGGAAAAGAUGAACACGAUAGACUUCGGGAAGAGAGACCAUCACUACACUGUGACCAACCUGCACAAGGGGGCCACGUACCUCUUCAAACUGUCUGCCAAGAACAGAGCUGGUCCAGGAGAGGAGUUUGAGAAGGAGAUCACUACCGCAGAAGACGUGCCGAGUGGCUUCCCACAGAACCUGCGCGUGGUGGGUCUCACCACUUCCACCACAGAGGUUGCAUGGGACCCCCCAGUCUUGGCAGAAAGAAAUGGCAAGAUUGUCAACUACACAGUGGUAUACAGAGAUAUAAAUAGCCAGCAGGACCUGGCUAACAUCACCAAGGACACAAGUAUCACUUUGACGAAUUUGAAGCCUGAUACCACUUACGACAUCAAAGUGAGGGCCCGCACCAAUAAGGGGGUUGGGCCGCUCAGCCCCAGCAUCCAGUCUCGGACCAUGCCCGUUGAGCAAGUUUUUGCUAAGAACUUCCGUGUCAACGCCGUCAUGAAAACAUCCGUGUUGCUGAGCUGGGAAGUGCCUGACUCCUAUAAAUCUGCAGUGCCUUUUAAGAUUCUGUACAAUAGCCAGAGCGUGGAGGUGGAUGGCCACUCCAUGAAGAAGCUCAUAAGUGACCUCCAGCCAGACACGGACUAUUCUUUUGUGCUCAUGAACCGUGGGAACAGUGCUGGGGGGCUCCAGCAUCUUGUCUCCAUCCGCACCGCGCCUGACGUCUUGCAAAGCAAACCCAUCGCCACCAACAAGUACAUCCAGGAGGGAAAGUUCACGCUUACCCUUCCCAAAGUGCAGACCACUGUGCCAGUUCGGUGGUACUACAUCGUGGUCGUGCCAGCAGAGCAGAGCCCCAGCAGCCCAACGGCGCGGUGGCGGACGCCUGAUGAGAUGGAGCUGGACCAGUUGCUGGAGGCCAUAAGCCAGGGCAGUCAGAGCAGGCGCCAGCGACGCCAAGCAGACAGACUCAAGCCCUACAUUGCUGCCCAAGUGGACGUGCUGCCUGAGACCUUCACUCUGGGGGAUGAGAAGAACUACAAGGGUUUCUACAACAAGCCCCUCUCUCAGGACCUGAGCUACCGCUGCUUCGUGCUGGCCUCGCUGGAGGAUGGGGACACGAAGAGAUACGCAGCCAGCCCCUAUUCAGAUGAGAUUGUGAUGGAAUUGUCUUCAGCGAAGCAGCAGGACGAGCCGGAGAUGCUGUGGGUGAUGGGACCUGUCCUGGCUGUGAUACUAAUCAUCAUCAUCGUCAUCGCUAUACUCCUCUUCAAAAGGAAAAGAGCACACUCCCCCUCUUCCAAAGAUGAGCACUCCAUUGGCCUGAAGGACUCGCUCUUGGCCCACUCUUCUGACCCAGUAGAGAUGAGGCGGCUCAACUACCAGACUCCAGGUGCCAGUGUCCCCAGUUGCCCGAAUAUCUCAAGCAUGCGUGACCACCCGCCCAUCCCCGUGACUGACCUCGCCGACAACAUCGACCGGCUCAAGGCCAACGAUGGCCUCAAGUUCUCCCAAGAGUACGAGUCCAUCGAUCCUGGGCAGCAGUUCACCUGGGAGAACUCCAACCUGGAAGUGAACAAACCAAAAAACCGCUAUGCAAACGUAAUUGCCUACGAUCACUCCCGUGUCAUCCUGACCUCCAUCGAUGGAGUCCCAGGCAGUGAUUACAUCAAUGCCAAUUACAUCGACGGCUAUCGGAAGCAGAACGCCUACAUCGCCACACAGGGACCUCUGCCUGAAACCCUCAGCGACUUCUGGAGAAUGGUGUGGGAGCAGAGAACAGCAACGAUCGUCAUGAUGACCAGGCUGGAGGAGAAGUCCAGGGUGAAGUGUGACCAGUACUGGCCAAGCCGGGGUACGGAAACCUAUGGGAUGAUCCAGGUCACACUGCUGGACACUGUUGAGCUGGCGACCUACACAGUCCGAACCUUUGCCCUGUACAAGAACGGCUCCAGCGAGAAGCGAGAGCUGCGACAGUUCCAGUUCAUGGCGUGGCCUGAUCACGGGGUCCCAGAGUAUCCCACCCCGAUCCUCGCUUUCCUGCGGCGGGUCAAGGCUUGCAACCCACCUGAUGCUGGGCCUAUGGUUGUCCACUGCAGCGCUGGCGUGGGCCGAACUGGUUGCUUCAUUGUCAUUGAUGCCAUGCUGGAGAGGAUGAAGCAUGAGAAGACCGUGGACAUCUACGGGCACGUGACGUGCAUGCGCUCACAGCGCAACUACAUGGUGCAGACAGAGGACCAGUACAUCUUCAUCCAUGAGGCCCUGCUGGAGGCAGCCACGUGUGGCAAUACCGAGGUGCCUGCACGCAAUCUCUUCGCUCACAUCCAGAAACUGACCCAGGUGCCUCCAGGAGAGAGCGUCACUGCGAUGGAGCUGGAAUUCAAGCUGCUGGCCAACUCUAAAGCACAUACCUCACGUUUCAUCAGUGCCAACCUCCCAUGCAACAAAUUCAAGAACCGCCUCGUGAACAUCAUGCCAUACGAGCUGACAAGAGUCUGCCUGCAGCCCAUCCGGGGUGUCGAGGGCUCUGAUUACAUCAACGCCAGUUUCAUCGAUGGCUACAGGCAGCAAAAGGCCUACAUCGCCACACAGGGACCACUGGCCGAGACCACAGAGGAUUUCUGGCGAAUGCUCUGGGAGCACAACUCCACCAUCGUGGUGAUGUUGACAAAGCUGCGUGAGAUGGGCCGGGAGAAGUGCCAUCAGUACUGGCCCGCAGAGCGCUCUGCCCGUUACCAGUACUUCGUGGUUGACCCCAUGGCAGAGUACAACAUGCCGCAGUACAUCCUCCGGGAGUUCAAAGUCACAGAUGCCAGGGAUGGCCAGUCACGGACCAUCCGCCAGUUCCAGUUCACAGACUGGCCUGAGCAGGGAGUGCCAAAGACAGGAGAGGGCUUCAUCGACUUCAUCGGGCAGGUGCACAAGACCAAGGAGCAGUUUGGGCAGGACGGGCCCAUCACGGUGCACUGCAGCGCUGGGGUCGGGCGCACAGGCGUGUUCAUCACACUGAGCAUCGUGCUGGAGAGGAUGCGCUACGAGGGGGUGGUGGACAUGUUCCAGACGGUGAAGACUUUGCGGACGCAGCGGCCGGCCAUGGUGCAGACAGAGGACCAGUACCAGCUGUGCUACAGAGCGGCACUGGAGUAUCUCGGCAGCUUUGACCACUAUGCAACGUAACUAGUGCUUUCCUCCAGUCGCGGUGGGGAUGUCUAGGAGUGGAGACGGAUCCCUCUGAGCCAGAGCCGCCCAUUCCUCAGUCCUUCUGUACAGACCGAGGUGCUGCCCAGGCAGCAGACCUCCAUGCCAACCAGUUCUGACCACGGCAUUUAGGAACUUCGCCCCAGCGCCAAACGAGGGAAUCCAACUCCAAAAGCAUUUCCAGUCUCUGGCUGCAUUUCUGCUCAUACGCAUCUCUCGCCCUCUCUCACGCGACUGCAUUUCACAGCGAGGCUUUAGGUGGGUGGAAUGGGGUCUUUUUUUUUAAACAUGUAAAAUAGUUACUAGUGGUUUUUAUAAUCUCCUCUCUUUUUAUUUUUUAUUUUUUUGCAAGUCUUAAUGUUUUGCUGAGGCAGAACUGGACCCGCCAAACUUUUGGGAGUUGGGUUUGUUUGUUGUUUUGUUUUUUUUUUUUAAUUUCCUUUUGCUUUAACAUUUUUUACUGCCCUAUGUUUAUUUCAGCCCAGUCACUGCUGGUUCUGCCCAUUUUAGUGCAGCUUCCUUGGUAAUUUGCAGCAGCUGGCUUGUGGUUCCUGCCCGGCUCCAUUCCCCUUAGGCUGCUUUUUAAUUCUCUGUAGAAUAUGAAAUUUCAUGGAACUGGACCUAAGCUACCAAUUAUUUUUUUAGCCUUUCCCUUCCCCCAUUAAUUCCUGAGUAGGUUUGGGAGGGCAUGUAGGGUCGCUGGAGAGGCGGUCCCAUUUGUCAGCUGGAAACCGUUCAGUCCUACUACAAUGCGUGUUAAACCAAUCCAGUGACCGCGUGUAUUGGCAGAUCCCGAUAUGACGUGAGUUGUCGUCACCUUGUUUGUGAGAGACCCGAAAUCCUGGGCUCCUGGCCUGGGAGCCUCUUUUUGUGUCUCGCUGGGAAGGGGGCAGGAGAAGCAAGCAGGUCCCACGCAGGGACGGGCUGUAGGAGCGAGACACGGCCCUUUCUGUCAGUCCCGCGGCUCUGUGCGUGCAAGCGCCGUCCUGUCACUUCUCACCAAUGAAGUGCACUGGAGCAUUUUACAAGGAGCACAACCCCGGCUGUUCCCAGAGCCGAGCCAAGCAGGCUCUCUCUGGAGGCAGGGUAUUGCAGGGAAGGGGAGGGGGAGCACACAUGGCUUCAGAGGAUGGGUGUCUCUAUAAUUUCUGCUAUCCUGCAAAUGUUAAAAGUCAUUAGAAUAUUGUACUUUCCUCUACUUCAGGACGUUCUAAUGAACCAAUGUGGCAAGACUACUGGACUUAAUUUAAUGGUACUAUAUAUUAAUACUCCUUAUUAUAUCACGCUUGCACUAAAGACAGAGUGAGCAGCCCUCUUUCGAGUGCAUUGAGUUAUGAAUAAAGGUGGUGGAAGGGUAUCUAAUUGUAUUAUCACAUGUAUUCCGAAUGUUAAGAAUCCAAGCUAUGUUGAAAUCAGCAAUCCAGGGUUGGUAAUGUUGGAGGACACAUUCAUUUUUACCUUGUGGAUGCAUAGUGCUGUAGGGGUCACUGUUGUAUACAGUCUGUUUUCUAUUUGUUAAUAAAAAAAAAAAAUCUACAGCAUCAUUGCAUAAUU